AUGGGUGACAGAAUGGAGGAUGACCCGAGUCUUUCUAAUUCAUCAGCCGGUUGCUCCUCACUGGAGCCACUAGAGGAGAUGUUGCUGGUGAAUGACGGAACGGAUUCGAUGGGUAUCCCCCCAGUUGAGGAGAGUUGUCAGAUGGUUGAAGGCGCCGCCGAUGGCAUGACGGUAUCCUGUGAUCAAUAUGAUAAUAUCAUUCUUUACAUGGAAGCCUCUGACCAACAAGUGGUGUUAUUGAAGAGGGUGUUAGAAUAUUUUUGCCAAUCAUUGGGAAUAAAGAUUAGCGAGCCAAAGACGCGAGUCUUCUUCUCAGGCAAUGUGGAAAGGCAAAAGGGAAAUUCUCUAGCAGAGCAGUUGGGAUUUAUGAAAGUCUCCAACUUAGGGAAGUUUUGGAGGGAUCCUUGGGUAGCAGGGGAUAAAACAUUGGAGGAGUUGGCUAUUGGGGCGAUUUCAGGGGAGCAGCUGGAGGAGAGCGUAAGCAUGUUUUUCAAUCAAGAUGGAGCAUGGAAUUGGGACAAGUUCCAAGCCUUGCUACCGGCCAGAGCUGUCAUGAAAAUUAUGGCGAUACUACCGCCAACACCGGAGAGAGGCCCCGAUAAGUGUUGUUGGCCACCAUCAGGGAAUGGGUCGUUCACCACCAGAUCCGCCUAUGCCGUGGGGGAGGCUGAUGACAAAUUUGGAAAGAAAGAUUAUGAAAAGGUAGAGGAAAUUGGCACAACGGCGACCCGGAUUGAGAGGGUGGGUGGACCAAGAGCCAAGCAGCAAGUCCUGAUAAGCUGGACAGCCCCUCCAUUGGGAUGGUUUAAGUUGAAUACCGAUGGAGUAUAUGAUCCGUCAACAGGAGAGGCAAGAGCAGGGGGCUUAAUCAGGGAUCACAGGGGCAAUUGGGUGCAAGGUUUUACAGUAAACAAUGGGGUUAUUACUCUAAUAGGAGCGGAGCUAUGGGGGCUGUGGCAGGGCCUGCUAUUAGCUUGGGACAAGGGAAUUCGAAGGAUCCAGGUGGAAACAAAUAGCUUGGAAGCAGUGAAGUUGAUCAAGGAGGAGACGGCACGCCUGGGGUCAAUGAGGCACUGGUGA